CAGGGAAGUUGCUAGCAAUUUUUCUAAAGCCCACAGAGCCACUGAAGAUUAGGCAGCUAUGUUUUGUACUCCCUGCCUUGAAAUGGUAAUAACUUACAUCCAAUGAACAAUCUAAAAAGCCUCCAAAGAAACUUAUUUCUAAGAUGCCAUAAUAGUAAAGGUCAGUUAUUUGGAUACAGUUCUGGAUACAAAGGUACACUGAGAUGAACAUUGUGGGAUAUCUCCAAUUGAUGAAACCUAGGAACAUUCUCUUCUUGUAUGCAUUCCUGUUCUGUAUUGUAGGGUUUCGCUCUUCAUCUUCUGGUACAAAACCGAAAACCUCAAUAAACGGGUUUAAUGCAAUUCGCCAGAAAAGAGAUCUCUUAACAGCAGAGGAUAAUGGAACUCUUUUCUCUGGAGCCCGCAGGCUCCAUGCUGAAUCUAAUGUACCAAGAGCAGAUUCCUGCCCACAUGACUGCCUUAACGGAGCACUUUGUACAGAAGCUGGUUUAUGUGACUGUGAAGCCUUUCAGGCAAAAGGAAGCAGGUGCCAAUAUGUACCAAACACUGGCAAGGAGAGAGACGCUAUCUGCAGAACCUGGGGUCAAUACAAUUUUGAGACAUUUGAUGGUAUCUAUUUUUACUUCCCGGGAAACUGUUCCUAUAUAUUUGCCAGAGAUUGCAGCAAUCUGGUGCCUAGGUAUACUAUUUGGGUUCACAACAGUCCUAAGUGUGAUGGAUCAGUGUAUUCUUGCCCACGUUCAAUCAGUAUGUUUUUCUCAAGCCAAGAGGAGAUCACCGUUUCUGGUUAUGAAGUGAGGAAAGGUGGUGUUAGAUUGUUGUUGCCACAAACCGUGGAAAAUGUAUUUAUCGAGAGACUGGCUGACUAUAUUCUAGUGAAGACGACCUUUGGAUUCUCUCUCGCCUGGGAUGGUGGUUCUGGAAUGUAUAUCAAGUUGACUGAAGACCAUAAAGGGAAACCUUGUGGCCUGUGUGGAAAUUUCAAUGGCAACUGGUCAGAUGACCUGAUCGUACAGCACACAGAAGAAACUACAGAAGAUAUUGCUAUGUUUGCAGAAAGUUGGUAUGUUCAGAUCCCAGAUGAACCCAUUUGCGUAACCACAGUCUCCGAUUACCCAAAUCCUUGUUCUCAAGAGUCCAUGCAGGAGGCUAUGUUCCACAAGUGUCAAGUGCUAUUACAGUUCCCUUUUCUAAGCUGCCAUGAGACCAUUGACCCUUAUUCUUACAUUGCAAGCUGUGUGAAUGAUCUCUGCAAACAAGAUGAUGAUGAAACAUAUUGCCGUGCUGUAAUGGAGUAUGCAAGGUCGUGUUCCCAUUCUGGUUUUCCCAUAAGAGACUGGAGAGAUGACUUCCCUGCAUGCACUGAAAAAUGUGAAGACAAUUUUGUACACCGAGACUGUAUCAGCUGCUGCCCACCAACUUGUACUUAUGAGAAGGAAUGCUUGGGAAGCAACCUACACUGCCUGGAUGGCUGCUACUGUCCAGAUGGUCUUAUCCUGGAUAACGGCUCCUGUGUUUCUAUAACAAGCUGCCCUUGCAUUUACCAUGGGACUGCCUACCCAGCGGGUGCCAAGAUAGAACAGGAAUGCAGCAUGUGUGUUUGUAAUGGUGGUAUUUGGAAUUGCACAGAACAUGAAUGCCCAGCGGAGUGCUCUGUUAUUGGGGACUCUCACUUCACAACCUUUGAUGGCCGUUAUUUUACUUUCCUGGGUAUGUGCCAGUACAUUCUGGUGAAAGGAACUGGAAAAGAUAAAUUUACUAUCACUUUACAGAAAUCUUCUUGUGAGCAGCACUCUGACCAUGCGUGUAUUCAAUCAAUCACACUUGUCCUUGAUGAGGAUAUGAGUAAACAGGUUACUAUCCUGAGAAAUGGAGAUGUCCAGUUUGGUCCUAACCAAGGUGUUAUACUAAAUGGUGUUAUCGAGGUUCGGAAUUUGUCCUCAAUGUUUGUGCAGCUAAAGACGACAUUUGGAAUAAGAAUUCAGUUUGCUAAAGGUGGAGACAGGCUUUAUAUUCAAGCCAGCAGUGCCUGGAAGAGGAGAACACUGGGCCUAUGCGGAACAUUUAAUGGGAAUCUAAGAGAUGACUUUCUCUCUCCGGCAGGAAUGAUUGAAGGAACUCCACAGUUACAUGCCAAUGCCUGGAAAAUAUCAUCAGCCUGUUUAACCCCAGUAAAUAUUCCAGUAUUGGAUCCAUGUGACACCAAUCUACAAAAUGUUGGAUAUGCAACACAUUGUGAUGUUCUCAAUCAAGACCUUUUUGCUCAGUGCCAUGCAUACGUGAGCCCAGGAUUAUAUUACCAGCUGUGUCGCUUUGAUGCAUGCAAAUGUGGCAGUAAUUGUCUGUGCAAUGCACUGGCACACUAUGCCUACAUCUGUAACAAGCAUGGUGUCACUGUCAACUUCAGAUCCCAUGUUUCCUUUUGUGGCGUUAUAUGUCGGUAUGGGAUGUUGUACCACCAGUGUUCUUCUUUUUGUGGCCGGACUUGCUCGUCACUUUCUUUGGGAGAGGCCUGCACUGAUGAAUGUGUUGAAGGGUGUAACUGUCCUGAUGGGAAGUACUUUGAUGAGUCUCUUAGCUUUUGUGUACCAAUAUCAAGCUGUCGUUGUUAUUACAAGGGCCGAAUCUACCAUCCAGGGGAAGUAAUAUUAAGACAAUCCGGGUCUUGCCAGUGUUUGAAUGGAACAAUGAGGUGUACAGAGACUGCUACAACUAUCACAGGUGUCACAUGCCCAGAAGGAAAAAUAUACUUCGAUUGUAGGAACCCCAUUCUUGGCUUACCUUCUGCUGGGAUUAAUUGUGAAGUAACUUGUGCUAACCUGGCUAUGAAUUUUACAUGUGUCCCAUCACCGCCAUGUGCAAGUGGUUGCAUUUGUCCACCAGGCAUGGCAGAGCAUAAAGGGAAAUGCUAUGUUCCAGACAGCUGUCCAUGUACAUGGAAGGAUUGGGAAUACUUAUCUGGAGAGGUGAUAUCUACACCGUGUUACACAUGUGUUUGUAAAAGAGGAAUAUUUAAUUGCACCAGUUAUCCCUGUCCUUCAGUGUGCACUGUGUAUGGUGAUCGCCACUAUUAUACUUUCGAUGGUUUGGAAUAUGAUUAUGUCAGUGACUGUCAGGCAUAUUUAGUAAAGAGUGCUGAUAAUUCCAAUGUGUCUAUUAUUGCUCAGAAUAGGAAAUGCUUUGACAAUGACAUCAUCUGUUCAAAGAAUCUUGUCAUCUCUGUGGGUGGUAGUGAUAUUUAUUUCACUGAUACCUCAGAAAAACAGAAGCAGUUCCGAAUGCAACAUGGACCCUAUAGGUAUCAGCACUGGAAGGCUGGAUUCUAUACAGUGGUACACUUUCCAGAGUUAGAUAUUACAAUACUUUGGGAUAAGAGAACAACAAUACAUGUCAAAGUGGGACCUCGAUGGAAAGGGAAACUGUCUGGCCUAUGUGGAAACUUUGACAAGUAUACCUCAAAUGACCUCACAACAUCAAAUAACAUGGAAGUGAGGAAUGCUCAGGUCUUUGGAGACAGUUGGACUAUUGGCCAGUGUAAAAGUUCUAAUGAGACAAUGAGACCAUGUGAAGUCCAUCAGAGCAAAUUUCCUUAUGCAAAAAAGGAAUGCUCAAUCCUCUACAGUGAUGUGUUUGCUCCCUGUCGUAAUGUGAUUGAUGUAACAUCAUUUGUUAAGAAUUGCCAUACAGACACAUGCAAUUGUAAUCUUGGAGGGGACUGUGAAUGUCUGUGUACCAGCAUAGCGGCAUAUGCACACAAAUGCUGUCAGCAAGGAGUAGCAGUCCAUUGGAGAUCCCCUAAUAUGUGUCCCUAUGACUGUGAAUAUUACAAUCAAGGUCUUGGAGAAGGUCCCUUUAUCCUCUCCAGUUGUGGCAACAGUGAAAUUGUAUUAGGUGUUAAUGUUACCAGCAAAUACAUAUUCCCAUUGCCAAGAAUGAGUGCACAUGGAAAUGUUUUGUUUAACUUCAUGAUAACACCUGGACUUUUCCGAGAUAAAGACCUAUCGCUAUCACUUGUCUCUCUGGAGUCUGCGGAAAGGCCAAAUUACUUCCUAUCUGUGCAAGAAAAUGACAGUGUAUGGCUGGAACAAUGGGAAGCCAGUUCAAUGUUUCGUAGAAGGGCAACUUUUUUCCACCACCAAGGACUCUGGAUUCCGGGAUAUAGUGCCUUUGAAUUACACAGCAAGAAAGGAUUCUUUAUUGUUCUUACGCAAACAGAGGUUAAAGUGUCAAAAUACGACAAUUCUGAGGAGUUUAAACUAUCAAGUGGUUUCAAGAUUGAAGAGAUUGUGGCAGCUGUUCCCUAUAGAAGAAUGUGUGAGUGGAGAUAUGAACCAUGUGCCAGUCCUUGUGUUAAAACCUGCAGUGAUCCUGAAGCCAUUUUAUGUUCUUUUCUUCCACCGGUAGAAGGAUGUAUUCCAUACUGUCCAAACCACAUGAUUCUUGAUGAGAUUACACUGAAAUGUGUCUAUCCAGAGGACUGUGUCCCAGUCAAAUCAACAAUGUUUCCUAUUGCAACAAAACCAACAAAAACUGCAUCAGCACCAACUAUCACUUCUACAAAAGUGAUAUAUCCAGCAAUGACAGAUUCCAUACUGCCAGAUUUUUCUGAUCUGCCAUCACAUUCUACAACAUUAUCCUUCCUAGGACCAACUAACAUGACUCAUGCAACAUACAUAGGAUCAGCAAUUUCAAGUACUUCAGAGUACAAAUCAUAUUUUGACCUGCUUACCAGUGAUUACUAUAAAACAACACAAAGUACUUAUCUCCCUGGUCAUGUACAGGAGGUAACAACAAGAAGCAUAGACUCUUCUUCAACAGUCACAUCUUCAGUUUCACACCCAACAUCACCUCACACUAUAACUUCCUUUGCAACUUUUAAAACGCUACCUCCCAAGGAAGCUGUGGACACAACUAAAACACCAACAAGAAUGUUAGGACAGUCUUCACAGGGUCUAUUCCAGCUAACUACAAAGUCAGUUACUGUAUCUCCAUAUUCAUCAGUGGGAGAAAGUACUACAUAUCCCUCAGUCACAGAUGUAUCAGGAUUACCAGGGCUAUUAAACAUAACAUCACCCAAGGAAACAAGUAUGUCUUCUGUUUCACUGACCGCGACUGUAGUCACUACUCCUUUAAUUACAUCAUCUGUGUUUGUCCCUCUCACAUCUAGUACCACCACUACUAAAGAACUCCUCAGUAGCCAAUCUUCCCAUGCAACUUCUCAAGUGACUCUUGGAAAACAAUUAACCAGCAUUUUGCUUCCGACAUCUGGACUAAAUGAAUCUGUAUCUGCUUUGCCAGGCCUGACAACAUUAAUGAACAUUUCUGUAACUCCAAAAACUGCAUUAACUUCUUCAUCUAUUCAUUUGUCUCCAUUAGUUACCCGAUUGUUUACAACUUCUACGCCCACAACCACAUCUGUUUCGGAUCUAUACCAAACAACACAAUCUGUGAUACAAACCAAAGAAGACAUCACCACCUUGUUAGAACCUUCAGUUACGUCUAAAGCAACCUCUGUUCCUCCCAUGACUGUGUCUAGCCUUAGUCAGUCUACAUCAUCUACAAUAAGCCUUCAACCAACGGCACAAACCACAAUAAUAACUCCGGACAUUACACUAUCCAUACAAAAUACCUCUUCUUCUACAGAGGUAAGGAUUACUUUAGGCUAUUUAGAGACCACAAUUUCACCCAAGCCAGAAAUAGCAGCCAAAGACUUUACAAGUGCUUCCACAAAACACACAACCUGGUCUAUUAUCAAUGCAACACUUAUCCAGACUCCACCUGUAACUUUGAGUACUAAGAAAUUCCCUAAAAGCACAGAAACCCCAUUGAAGACUUUAACUACUAUUAAAGAACAGCUGGGUACAAGCAUUCCUACAAGAGAAGGUCCAACAAGUGACUUGGAAAGCAAAUCUACAGAGCGUUUACUUUCUACUAAGUACUCAUUUGAAACAAGUUCAGCAAUAAGACCUUAUACAAAACAUGAAGAAACUAUGGAGGUUACUACAACACACUCAACAGAAUCCGAUACUACAUUUUCCAAGGAGAGUUUGCUUACUACUUUACUUUCUAUUUCUGAUACUUCAAAGCACACUUCUCUCGGUCCAGUGCCCGCAUCUUCCUCAGUACAUGCAGAAGUCACAGAUUCAAGUUAUUUAAAAGACUAUACACAUUCUAUUUCCACUACUAAACACCUGAAGACACCACUGGCACUUACAUUGAAGCCCUCUACCACAGAAACGUCUUCCACCUCUUCAGCAUUUUUGGGCAUUAAUGAGACAACAUUGAGAAUUACGACUUUCCAAGAAACUAGCCAAGAAGCCUUUCUUAAUGUUACUCGUAGUUUGACUACUAUAAAAGAAAAGCCAUCAUCAUCAUCUGUGCAAUCUUAUACAGAAGAAAGUACCAGGACCAUUACCAAACCAAUAUAUAGCUCUUUAGUUACCAAUAAGACAUUAACUGACAUGUCCACGUUUCUGCCACUGGAGACUUUGGAACCCUUUGCUAACUUUACAAAAUCAAUAACAUUAGGAACCACAUUGUCUAAGGAUGCCACAUCUGAGUCAGUUGCUUCAGUGGCAUCCUCCACUACUGAGUCUCUGAGUUCAGAAACAGCUACCGAGAUGAUGGUGAAUGUUACAGUAUCAUCAGAUGACUACUCAUUUGGCACAAUGAUACAUACAAGUAGCUCUUCAGAAUGUAUGCCAAGGUACAUUGAACCAUUGGAUCCAUGCAGCCAGUAUGUUUGCAUUAAUAUGGGCUGGAUGUUAUACAACGUAUCAAGCAAUUGCCACAAAAAUGUGGAGAAACCAGACUGUGGCUUUCGAGGAAUGCCUGUCCAGGUGAACAGUGACAGCUGCUGCCCAGAAUGGGAAUGUCCAUGCCAGUGCUCUAUGUUAUCCGAGCUGAGCAUUAUCACAUUUGAUGGGAAUAACAUUGCUCUCUAUAACGCUGCACCAUAUAUCUUGGUCAGACUUCCAAAAGAAACUAUUGUAGCCCAUAUUGAAAAAUGUCCUCCAAGCCUGAGUGUGAAUUCAAUAAGAAAGCUGGUCGCCGCUGGAGGUACAUCUGGACUAUGUUUUAAAAAACUAAAUGUGACAACGGCAAACUUUCUAGUGAUUAUAAACCGAUUGGACAGGAGGGUAGAAGUGAAUUCAAUACUACAGCCAUUACCAUUCUCAAAGCAAGGCCUAUGUAUCCAGGACACAGGAGCAAUGUAUGUCAUUAACACGCCAGCAGGCAUCAGCAUUAAGUGGACUCAUGUUACUGGCAUUAUAGACAUACAGUAUGGCCUGCACUCCAAUCUGUCCAGCAAGACAGAAGGGCUUUGUGGAAUAUGUAAUGGUGACCCAAGUGAUGAUUUAAAGAUGCAAAACAGAACAAUAAUAACAAACAAAGAAGAUAUUGAAGCAUUUAUUAAAAGUUGGGAAAUUGAGAAAUCAAUUGAUGUUACCACAAGACGUCCAGUGAGAAACUGUACUGAAGAUAACUGUACUUACUGCAUGGAGCUACUGAAUAGGAAAGUGUUUGCACCCUGUCACAGGAAGGUUUCGCCACAAGAUUUCUGUGAGAAGAUGUGGAUCAACAAUACGUAUUUCUUGAAUUAUGAAUGCGAUGCUCUUUCAGCAUAUGUAGCACUGUGCAGCAAGCACAAUAUCUGCAUUAGAUGGAGAACAAGAGAUUACUGCUCACUGCCAUGCCCAGAGGGAAAGGAAUACCAGGCUUGUGUGCAACCGUGUGCUGCUAAAACAUGCGUAAACAAAUGGUACUAUGAAGAGUCCCCCUGCUUAUACUUGAGAGAAGACUGUGUGUGCAAAAGAGGAACAAUUCUUCACAGGACAGAUUCUGAGCUGUGUAUUCCCGAAGCCAAAUGUGCAUGCACUGAUAAUGAAGGACAUCCACACUCUCCAGGAGAAGUCUGGCAUUCAUCAGUAAAUAAAUGCUGUAUGUCCAAAUGUCUGGAGAAUGGAACUGUUGUAUCUAUAGAACCUGACUGCAGUGAAGAGCCCGUGCCAGCUUGUGUGCGGGAGGGUGAGACUCUUAUCAGUGUCAUUGAAGGAGGAGGAUGCUGUCCAAAGAAAGUGUGUGAGUGUAAUAUAUCUUUAUGUGAAAAAGCUGUAACCUGUAGCAGUGGGGAGCGACUGGUGGCUGAUUACAGCACGGAGACCUGCUGUCCCCAGUUUCACUGUGUGUGUGACCCUUCAGUCUGCCCAGUAAUAUCACAACCAGAUUGUAAGGCUGAUCAGAUUGCAGUUCAGGUCAGACUGGAUCACCCUUGCUGUUUCUCCUAUAUAUGCGUUUGUGAAUCUUGUACAGAGCCUGUCCCCGAAUGCAGAGAUGGAGAAAUCCUAACUGUUGACUUGAACACUACUAGCCACUGCUGCCCUCACUAUAUCUGUGUGUGUAAUGAGAAUAUUUGCACUGCACCACAGCUGAACUGUUUGCCUGAAACCAAUUUGGUUAAAAAAAAAAUGGAUGGAAAUUGUUGUCCAGACUGGUUUUGUGAAUGUAGCUGUGAAAAUGUCACUGACCUUAACUGCCGCUUGGGAGAACUACGGAGGAUUGAUAAAGACCAUCAUAGCAAUUGUGGAUGCACUCAUUAUGUUUGUGAGAAGGAAGAAGUGUGUGUUUAUCAGGGGAUUACAGUAUUGCAGCCUGGUCAGUCACUAAUUGAAUAUUUGAAUGGAGAGAUAUGCUACACCGUAAGCUGCUUACAUGAAAAAGAUCACACAACUGGGUUUCAUGCAAUGGAGAUGUCAAUGGUGAACUGUUCCAAACACUGUGCCGCUAACCAAGUUUAUAUUCCAUCUGCCAACCAUCAGAUGUGCUGUGGAACCUGCAAGAAUGUGUCAUGCACUUUCUAUAGUACUAAUGGAACAGUAACUAUAUAUGAGGUGGACACAACAUGGAUUUCCAACUGCACAAAGUAUGAGUGCUCAAAGACUGCUGUAGGUGCCAUGAUACUGGGCUCUAGUAUUGUUUGCCCGCCAUUUAAUGGCAGUGAAUGUCUAAAGAAUGGAGGAUCUAUACAGACCUAUAACGAUGGCUGCUGCAAGAUAUGUUCUGGAAUGGGUGUAUUACCCUUUACCAUUACCCCCGUAGUUCCUACUGCUAAAAUAAAUUGUGAACCAGGCACAAAAGAAGAAAAAAUCUGCCAGAAAGUGGCAGUUAGAACCACUAUAAGGAAAAGUGACUGUAUAAGUCACAACCCUAUCACCGUGGCUUCUUGUGAUGGAAAAUGCCCGUCAGCUACAAUCUUUAACGUCAACAUUGAUAGCCAUAUAAGAUUCUGUAAAUGCUGCCGGGAGAAUGGAGUACAGAAUCUGACUGUGCCACUCUACUGCUCAGGAAAUAGGACUGAAGUGAUGUAUGUCAUACAGGAGCCACUGGACUGCUCAUGUCAGUGGAAUUAAACAGACUUUGCGUGGAAUACAGCACAACAGUUUCCUCCUUGCACCUUUUCCUGCCCAAAGUACUCUAUGCACUGAAUGCACAUGCUGUAUUUACAUGGCGGUGUUAUAUUGAUCUGCGCAGCUCCUACCACUUCAGAUGUUCAAAAGAAACUCGCAAUACUGGAAGCAAUGUUAUACUAUUUAAGUUACACAGCAUAAGCUGUUUCAUAUCUUCACAUGGAAAUCAUAACGAAAAGGAAACAAUAAGUUCAGUGAAGCUUAACCUUUUUUUUUUUCAGGUUAAACUUGAAAGAUAAUUUUGGCUUGCAAAGGUGGAUCAGUAUAUUAAAUCUUUUGCAUGUGUGACAUUAUACUUAUGUAUACUUGACUUAUGGUGCCUAAUGCUACGUUUGUACAAUAUAUCUUUUUAUUAUCGAUCCCAUAUGUGCCAUGAUUUCUAUUUUGUAACAACUAUCUUAAUGUGUCAUCAUGUUCCAUCCAUUAGUACAUUGGGAUGUUUAUAACUAAUGACACGCAGUACUCCUAAAAACUAUUAAAACAUAAUAAAUCUACCAUUACAAUCAUUUUGUUUGUAUAUAAUGUUACUCCUAAAACUUAAUGUAAUGUAAUAAAUGUAAAGCUGAAAUCAGAAACAAGUUGUGGGAUUUGAUAUGAUAUAACAUACAAUACAUUUUACAUAAACAAACUAGUUUCAUUAUGCAGCGUUGUUUUCAGUCCUCAAUGUGAUAAAUUAUGAUUGUGCUUUUUAUAUGCACAUAAUUGUCAGCUGCUUGGCUCAGAGAAACCAUGAGAACAAGAUAGAAAUAAAUACUGAAACAUAAACUGAGCGAGACCUGCUUGAUCGAGAUUAUAAUCUAAAUAAAGGUGUAUUAUCUAUUAAAGCUGUACAUAGCUGUUUUAUUUUAACAAUGUAAUAA